GCGGACCCCUCUUAAGAGAUCUACCGACACCUUAUCCUUCGACAUGGCAAACAUCACGUCCAAGCAAUGGAAGGUCAUGCUGGACGCAGUGGCCGAUAACGAGAGACCUUUCUUUCAUAAACUUUAUGAGGACGUUAUACACAGAGAAAGGGAGGCAGAGGCAGCAGCCAGAGCCACAAGCAUUGCUGAACAGGUGGCCCUCCUUGCGGUUCCGGAAUCGAAUGAUGACCGGUUCCGAAAGAAGAUAGCUGCUGUCGUAGCAGCCUUGGUUCAACUGCGGACCUUGGAAGACCUUGAGUCCCGUGUGACCGCCCUGGAGCAGCGGAACCAAGAGCUGCAGGCUGAGAUAGUCAGCCUCAAACCAUCCCAACUGUCUGCCCCCCGUCCUCCUAACCCUCGACCUGCUGCAGUCCCAGUCUCUCACCCUAACACAAUCCUCGUGACAAGAGCAAGUGGAACUGUGACAAGUGCAGGAACCGGUGCCAACUCCUCAAGCGGCAGCACCGGCAGUACUGCACUAGUCAUAGUCCCAAAUGCAGGAACAUCAGCCCAGAACGCCACAGUUCUUACUGGCGUACAGUACAACGGUCCCGUAGUGGAUAAGCGGGCGGCUACUCUGCCGUCCAAAUACGACGGGAAAGGGGAUAUUACCUCUUGGAUUAGCUUCAUGCACUCAUACUUCGAGGUACUGCGAACAUCGCAGGAAGACCGAAGCAUGAUCAUGGGCACUAAUACUGAGCCUGUCGUACGAAGUUUCAUAGAACUCCAAGCUGUUACAGCAAGUUAUGAGAGGAUUGACCUGACCGAAUGGUUGAAAGUGACUCCUGUACGAACUCUUGAGGACCUCCUCAUCACGCAGUAUCAAGACAAGCACGCUGUGCUCAAGGCAAGACUGAAGCUUGAGGCCCUCAAGGGUCAAACAUGUAGGACUACCAUGCAGGCUUUGGAGCAACACUUGACUGGUCUAUUCACCACUCCAAACCUGGGAUUGAUUGACGUGUCUUGCAUGGAUGUAGUCAUGGGAGUGACCCCUAAAGAAUAUGUCUGCCAGCUAGGACUCAAAGACCAUACCACUUGGCGAGAGCUACUGACGGAUCUAGUCAACCUAGAAGCCAAGGAACUCGCCAGGCGUGUAAAGGCACCCGUUGCAGGUAGAACCUCACAACGCAAGCGGUACGGAAGCAGCAACCAGCGUGCCCUGCAUGAACAUCGGGGGGAUGAGGAUCAGUCCUAUGCGGAUGAUGUGUCUCUGGAUGAUGAUCUAGAGCCGGACUGCGACGUGGGCUGUUCUACAUCAGCCCUCGAGUUUAUUAGUGCUGAUUGGAAGGACUUCACCUCACAGAUCUAUGACAUUAAACUCAACAAGACUUCUGGUCGACACCCCGAAGCCAAUGGAUUGGCCGAGGAAAUCAACCAGACUGUCAUUCAACUGCUUCGCGCGCUAAUUGUUCCUGAUCAGAACACGUGGGACAAGGAGUUACAUAAAGUGAAAGGGUUGUACAACAACUCCAUUCACUCUGCAACUGGCGUAACACCGAAUCAACUGCAAUAUGGUUGGAAGAUGCGCAAUCCUCUCUCCUAUUUGUUCCCCGAACGGUCCCCUGGUCUGACGCCCGACAUGCUUGGCUACAAUGCCAAGUACGCACGCCUGCUCAAAGCUGCUAUCGCAGCAAUGAACAAGCGUCAGCAUGCCAUGAUCAAACAUGCUAACAAGUCGCGCAAAGAAGCGAACUUCAAAGUAGGGGAUUAUAUCUGGGUCAAAAUGUCUGAGUUUUGUGAUGAAGAGGGCGUAUCACGAAAGCUUCUUCCAUUGUACUAUGGCCCUUGGCAGGUGCUGAAGGUGAUUGGGGAUGAAUUUGGUCCUUCAUAUGUGAUUGACGUGCCUCCUCAUCUGCGCACAUAUCUGGUCUUUCACGCAUCCAAACUGUUUCCACACAUCGAUGAUGAAACUUUUCCCUUCCGAGAUCCUAUGAUACCUCGUACUAUCGACGACGACCAUGAGAUACACAAAAUCAUUUCCCAUGAAGACCAAUCCCUUGGGCUUCAAUCCAUUCUAGAAUACGGCGCAAAAGGGGCAACCAAUGAGACAAAAAUGGGAUGGCUAGUGUGGGAUGACAAAUUUUUCGCGAUCGUCAAGGGGCCGAACAUGUUUUGUUGGCAAGCGCUUGCGGACAUGGCAAACGAGGAAAAGUUUUCAAUCAUUGAAGACAUUAUCGCGCUUAAGGGAAUGUUCGUGCAAACGGUUGGUGAUGCGCUGAAAAAACAACUCAAGUCGGGCGUUAAAGACAUGGUUGCAAGGGCGAAGGUGGAUUGGAUCAUGCUUCGCUCGUUCCAUUACAUCUUGUUUCUAGAGAGAAAGAAGGACCAGGCAAUUUGGUGCUCGGAAAACAAGCGGUUUCGCACUGAAGGACAACUUAUGGCGGAGUUUGGAUCGCAAUGGCUGACGAAAAAGUUGUGGAAUGAUAAAAGGAAACACUUCUUUGACAAAAUGGACUACAUGAGCACUUGCAACCGUAAGCCCGCAAUGGACAAGGAGUCGUUGAAGGACUCAUUAGAACUGUAAAAGUACGACAAGUUCCUGUAAUGACCCGCCAAAAACACAGACUGAGAGCACUGCUGAUUUCUGGGAUUUGCAGCUGGAAUGAAUGCCUUGCUGAAAU